AUGGCCGACAACAUCUCGCCAGAUUACAAGGCUCUUUUUCUGCAGGCGGAAAAGAGACGCAAAGAGGCCGAAGAGCAACAAAGACAGGCCGAAGAGCGACAGAAGCAGGCCGAAGAUGAAGGAAGACGAGAGAAAAGGAGGCGGGAGCAGGAAGAGGAGAGACGCAAGCAAGCAGAAGAGCGCACCCAACCGACCACUUUCGUGGAAUUCUUGCGCCAUUCCCAUGGCUUGCUCUCCCGACCACUGAGAGUCGAGACACCAUCUCGCUCGACUACCGGGAAAAUACCCCUUCCCACGGGGAAAUAUUGCCCGACACGGUUGGAACAUUGGACAGACUGCCCAGCACGAUUGUCGGAGCUCUACAGUUCCGUCUACAGAUACCUGCAGUUGUCACCGGGGGGGCCGCCGCGUUUGUUCCCAUCUUUGUCUGAGCUAGAAGGAUUAGGCCGACUACUGGGUCGUAAGCCUAUAAGCAGCGAGCAAGAACUGGAGGCUUAUGAGCGGUUUGCCGUGGAGGAACACGUCUACGAUAUAAUAACAAAGUUGUGCAAACUACUCGCUGCUCGCGACGAGUUCGGCCUCGGCGAUGGAAUCCAGUUCAGCAAUCAUACGAAUUCCCUAAACGAGAACGAAGCUAUUGAAGCAGAUACAAGCCAACCGUCAAGUGUACACAACCCGAGACCUGAUCAGUUCUGCAUCCAUCGUGUCGACGGCAACACUACCACUCUCCUCACAUCUGUCGAGUAUAAGCCGCCCCACAAGCUUUCCGUCUCCACCCUCCGUCUGGGUCUCCGACCAAUGGACUUAUGGAAGGAUAUGGUCAAAUCAAACAAAAUACCGACAAACCAGGAAGCGAAGUUGAGGUACAAUGCAGAGCGACUUGCCUGCUCCACUCUUGUCCAGGAAUAUCACGUGAUGAUUCAGGAGGGACUCGAGUAUUCCUAUGUGACUAAUGGGAUUGCGCGUGUCCUACUCCAUGUUCCACGUGAUACACCUAGCACGCUUUAUUACUUUUUCUGUGAUCCCAACAGCGAAGUCAACCCAGAAGAUGAAUAUUAUUCUCAGCUACUGAAGACUUCUGUUGCAAGAACACUAUGUCUGUGCUUGAUGGCCUUUCGCUCACCUACUCGUGGCCAGGAAUGGCGAAAUUCCACACGAUCAGAGCUCCCUCUUUGGACGACCAGUUUCGACCACACUCGUUCUCAGAUUCCCAAAGCAGAACUGCAACAGACUCUUCCUCACUCCGAUAGUACAGCAAUGGAGUACACGAGUCCGGAAUCCAGUUCAUCUUACGAACCACCGUCAUCUCCGCCGGUUCCUCCAACAGCAGCAGGUCGCCGAGUGUCUACAAGGUCUCAGGCCAGCUGUGCACCGUCGGGUGUACAGCAUCGCUCGCAGUCGCCAGACUCAUCAGGCUCCGAUUCAAACCAAGCAACAGGCCGGAAACGGGGCUUUAGCCAAGUUACAUCCUCCCCAUAUGCCCAACGAGCAGGUCGUCAACAGGACCCGGGGAGUAAUCAAGGCACCCAGGCCCGAUAUCGCGAUGCGCAAUUUUGCUCCCAGCGAUGCUUAGUCGGGUUGCAGACUGGCGGUGUUCUAGAUGACUGUUGUCCAAAUGUGAUGCUCCAUCGUCGAAGCAAGGACGACCUUCAUCAUCCCAUUACCCCAGAAGAUUUGGUGCGUUUGCUAAAGGCACAACUGGACGAAAACAUUGACAGAUGCACACCCCUUGGAGGUUGCGGGGCGUACGGUGCGCCGUUCAAACUGGCCUGUACUAUAUACGGUUAUACUGUCGUCGGAAAAGGAACCACUUCGGGACUGUGGAAAGAAGUCUCUCGCGAAGCGCAGGUAUAUCAGAUUCUGCGGAAGGCCCAAGGGUCUGCUGUGCCUGUUUUCCUGGGUACGAUCGACUUGGCGAAAAUUUAUUUCCUUCAUGGGGCUGGAGAGAUUCGUCACAUGCUCGUCAUGGGCUGGGGAGGCGAAAGUACAGCAUCGAUGGAGCUGACACCGUCGCUCCACCGGGAGAUUCGCAGAUCAAACAAAGAAAUCAAAGCCUUGGGAAUCAUUCACAAAGAUUUGCGACGUGACAAUGUUCUUUGGAACGAAGAGCUUGGGCGGGCGUUGAUCAUCGACUUUCACUGCUCCACAUUGAAAAGUCGACCGACUUUGCAGCGGCCACGAGCCGUAAAACGACGAUUAUGUCAACCAGAGAUAGGAGAUCCAAAACGUCUUCAUGUGACGUGA